AUAUAACAGAUACAAACGGUCAGCCAUGGUUUUAUUUUGAAGGUUGAAACCGAACCGGUAGUCCGUCGUCUUUGUUCUUGUUAUUAGGUAAACGUUUCAGUAACCUGCUGGCGAACCUUUCUCUGCUGGCUAGCAGUGUCGUCAGCUGGCUGAGGUUGGAAGCUGACUUUAAUUCGAAUGUAAGGGAUGAAAUAUCUUUGCGAGUUUUUAAACCGGCAUCUCGAAGUUACAGAACCCGAUCUGUGUCGAGUUAACAUUCUCUGACGCCAACAAGGAGAGCUAGCAGGCAAACUAACGUUAGCUAACGUUAACGUGAAGGUACGAAGAGUUAAGCAGUGUGAAUCGAGAAACACUGAAAAAAGUUUAAAAAGUUUGUCUAGCAACAACGUUAACUAGCUGACGUCAUUAAGCUGAAGCCUUGCCUUUGGUCAACUCUCUUCAUUUAGUUAGCAAGUGCUAACUUCUGAACGAGGCAACCUAAUGUUGAGUUAUUGAAAGCAACAUUGGUAGCUCCAAAUGUUGCCAAGCUAAUUCAAAGACAUGUAGACCAGAGACGUGCGUUAUCAAUGCUGUCGUUUCAUUUAGGAAACUGUGAGUAAUGUAAAAGGGGGGGUCACCCCUAGGUUCUGUUGAACUGCUGUAACACACCCACAGGUGUGUCUAUGGCUUUAGGACGUCAUUUUGCCCUGGCCUGAAUCCUUGUGAACAAGUAUUACAACUUAAGUGAACUUGCAGUACAUACAUGCUUUUCCAGUAAGCUCACAGGGCUUCCCAGCUAUCAAAAGUCAGAGGAGCAGAGAACCAAGUGUCUUCUGAUCUUAAUUCAACUGCAACAAGCCUGGUGAGAAACCAUGACAGCUGUGGUAGGCAAAGCAUGGGGGUGGGUGCGCUCCUGGGGCAGCAGUCAGUCAGAGAAUACCACUGCAGUGAUAGCCCAGGGCCAGAAGCAUAGCGGCAGCGGUGGGGGCAUCAGAGGGUGGACCUCUUGGAUCUGGGGAGGGUGGAAAUGUAAAAGUGACCAAAGCAGUCCGGUAGAGGAGUACUGGGAGGCACAGGAGAAGCUUCAGCCCAUGGAAAUUGAUGGUCUUGGUGCAGGGAAACAGGAGAGAGAGGCAAACGCAGAACAAAUUUCUAAAUGGUGGAAUAAAUAUCUUCCAACUACCUACCUUUCCUGGCCAGGAAAAACAGAGCCAAGCGGACCAAGACGAAGGAAACAUGAUGGUCAGAGUGGAGAUGUGUGGGAUCGUGAUAUUGACGGGGACUUUUCAGACUAUGGAACGCCUCCUCCAUCACCUACGCCUCCUUCUCAGCUAACGUCUCCUUUUCGAGUCUUUGCGGAAAGCUGGAAGGUGGAAAUUCUACCAGAGCACUAUGACAUCUGCUUCAACUUCCUGCGCCACUUGUUUGACCUGUUUGUAGUGGGCUUCCUGUGGACUGUGUCCCCUCCCACCAAGCUGAUCUUGGAGGUUUUGGGGGUCCAGGGAGCACUGAGGCUGUGGUUACAUGGCAUGGCCAUGUUUUUCGUCUCCACAGUGGGAAUGGCAGGAUUACUCUGGUUGAUCCAGGAGUAUCUCCCUCAGUUUGCUUUGAUCUAUGGCAUUGUGCAGGCAUUGGUGAUCUCUGUCAGUGUGAAACAGAGUGUGAUCCUCGGAAUGGCGGAAGAAAAAGAAGAAAAGAAAGAGGAGGACAGGGAGUCAUGUGAAGUGAAAGACAGUAAGGAACAUAAAGAGAAACUUGUGACUGCGAAGGACAAGAUGAAGACAAGUUAAACUUUAGGUGGUGUAAUGUUGCUGUCUGUUCAGGAGUUCAGCUGCACCGGACCUCUCCAGGUGAUGACAUCACAGCAGCAGGACCACAUAGACACUGUUUUACUACACCACUCUCUUCUGCAGUGUGACUUUAGAAUUGCACAUUCAUUACAAACUCCUAUAAGUUGUACUUAUGUCACUUUAUGUUCAACCUUAUUCAUCUGCAUUAUAUGCACGUCUUUUCUCACUUGACCUUAAUGUUGUCACCAGAAUGUUGACAGUGAUAGCCGGACAAAGUUCAGUAUGGAAAGUAAACUACAGUAAUAAUAUGAUCGGGGUAAGAAAUAAUAGGGACCCGAACAUUCAGGAAAUGCCUGUUAAGUCAAAAAGAGAGAACUCAUUGCAUUUGAUCCUGUUUACAUGUUUUUUUUUCUCAUGAUUCACCAUGAGACAGUCACCUGGUUUGUGACCAGGUGAUAGCCUUUGGUGCUUUUCCUCGAAGAAAAACAGAAUAAAUUUGGCUCAAAUAACCAAACAAGAAGAAGGGGAAAAGAAAUGCAAAAUGACAAACUACUGCAUCAAAUCAACUAAAUAACCAGUAUAAUUAAAAGAAAACAUUGUAGGAGAUUAAAAGAAGCAUUGUUAGAGAACAGAUAGGCUUGCAGUGAGUAUUCAGCAAGGGCACAUAAGUUCAGACAAACCUUAGUGCUACAAAUUCCAUCACGGUGCACCUGAAAGUCAGGUCAAAAGUGUAAGAAAUGCUCUCUGAAGAAACAAAAUUCUUAGUAGGCAUUCAGACCAAAAACAGCCUUUGAAUAGCGUUCAUGUUACAAAGGAAUCCACCAGGACUGUGCAUCUUCAUGUAUGUCAGCAUGUCGUCGGAUAACGUCACGUUGCAGCAAAUGUUGCCUCGCUCAACUUUUUUUGUGGGACGACCCUGUGUGAUUUUGACGGAGCCCUUGUGUUGGGGCCCCUGCUGUGCACUUGGACUGUCCCCGUUCAAAUGAAUGAGAGGACUGCAGACAGUCAGAAUGCAGACUUACUGUGAUCAUGAUACCACAGUAAACACGGAAAUGUCAGAAUAACCACUGUGCUUUAUUAGAGCAAACUGCUCCCACAUUAAUGAGUACAGUAAUGGUUUAGAUGUUGCCUCUGGAAGUGAGUCCAGUGACAACAGAUCAAGAAUUAGACUCUGAAGUAUAUACUGUAUUUAGUGAAUUUUGGAAUCAUAAGUUCUGUCUACGUGAAGUGCAAUUCUACCUAAAGGCUAAAGUAGGUCUGUCUGUAGGGGCGCUUUUGUCAUUUAAUUCAACUGAAGCUUCUAUGUUGGAUGAAGUCAAGCAUGCGUUUCCUGUUUCUGUGUUCUUGAAUGUGUCCAUCAUGUAGGCCAUGUUCAACUUUGACCUGUUAAUUAGGAAUGCACCGAUUGCAAUUUUCUUGGCUGAUUCUGUUUUCCGAUUUUUUACAAGUCUGACCUGCCGAUUCUGAUUUUCUUUCUUUAUAAGAAUUUAAUAAGAAAGAAAGAUUUUCUUUCUUUAUAAAAACUAUAAUUGACAGCAUCCACAAACAUUUUUGUAACUUAAAUGGAAUAUUGAAGUUCAACUUUAUGUUCAUUAACUAUUUAAAUAACCUCUUUAAAAUGGUUCAUGUUCACCACAGUGAUGGUUUUUUUAAGUGUCUGAUUAAGUUAGUUCCAAAUGUUUUCAAGGUUGUUCCUCCGCGGCUUAUUCUGGACUUAAAGGUAUACAAAUUGCGAGCCUUGUGUCUUCACUCAUGCUGAAGAACUGACCAACGACACAUUGUGUGUGUGUGUGUGGCUGUACUGUGUGUGCGCUGUGUAUGCAACGUGCAUGCAACGUGCAUGUUGUGUGUGUUGUCUGUGCCGCAGCAGCUGUAUGUGCAACGUGAACCAUAGUGCAGCUAUGUGCAGAAAAUAUGAUGGGCAAAAAAUCGGAUAUAUGAGACUGAUCAGGGCCGGUCACUGGUCAUGGCUGAUCAGCUGAAAACCGGCUGUUUUUGAUCGGUGGCCAAUCAAUCGGUGCAUUUCUACUGUUAAUUCACACAGUAGACCACUAGAAACUCUGACGCACUGUGUUUGGAAACAGAAGCGGUUAUUCCAGCAGUGUGUCGUCACCUAGUUUUGUACAAUAUUAUAAACUGCAAUAUCGUUCAUACACUGUCUGCAGUCUGUGAUUGCUCUGCUUAUAUCACCCACAUCAAACCUGUGACAUCACAUUCCUCCCCAGGGCGGAGAGGUGGGAGGAGGGUCGAACAACCAGCAACCAACACUGCUGAUGUAUAAAUUAAGACAUCUGUCAUCAAGCACACACACACACUACAAAAUAUGCUGUUAUAUAAGCCAUAACUCUCGUUAACCCAGCAGCAAAUCUCAAAUUGAACCUGUGUAUUUCAGGGUUUUUUUUUCUGGAAGCAGCAACUAUUAUCCAUUAAAGGAACUGGAGUGUAGGACAGUGGCUUCAGCAGUGAUGGUUGCUGCUUGUUCUCAACUAUGACUCAUCAAACUGUCAUCAUUUGUGCUGGUGAAACAGUUUUGUACUUUAUAUAUUUUCACAUAUGGAACUAAAAUGACAGCCCUGUGUGACCUGUGGAACGGAAGAGGCUUUCCUGAAACCUUACCACAUUAAGAUUCUUCAAAUAUGAACAUGACAGUAUCAUUGUUGCUUGUCUUAGGAACUGUCUUGUUUUGAUAUUUUCAAGCAUUGACACAUAAUACCAGCAGCACAUUUUGAUGUUUUUUCUGUACAAACUUGUUUUUUUGCCUUAUAUCAUUUUCUGUGCCAUGAUAAUACUUUUUAUUGUUAAUGUAGGCCACUCUCUUUCUCCACAAGGACUUAUUUUUAUGGAAUUCUCCUUCACCUUUUAGAUCCAAAGGCACAAAUUAGAAGACCAAACAUGUCGUUUGGUUUUUAGUGUGCAGUAGCCUGUUUUGCACUCUACACUUUCAUUGUAUUUAACCACGUUUGACUUGCAUCAGACAUAUUCUCUAAAAAAAAAUAUGGACUUUUAGUUUGCUUACCUGUGUCACAACCUGUAAGAUACGGAAGUCAGAGGUUGACCAUAUUAAAAUGAAAUCACUUGAAAUGUAAUUUUCCAUUUGUGUGCACUUGAUGUAUGACAACAUUAGAAUUAACAAGAGAAUGAAUUCUGGCAGUAAUUAUUCAUUUUCAGACAUGGAAGUUGUAGUUUGAAGUUGUAGUUUUUUGUCUACACAAAUGAGAAAAUGUCAAUUUGAUUAUAUGAUUUCAUUUUAUUACUGGCAGCCAAACAAUGUUUCAACUAUCUUGGGCUUUUUUUUGUUUUGCACCAGAUUUCUAUUAACAAUCCCAAGAAAGUGACGCAAUAUCUACAAGUCUUCAUUGCCUUUUAUUCAUUGUUUGCCUAUAUGGAGCUUUUAUGGCAGUACUAUUGACACUGAUAAUCCCAUAUAAGGGAGCUAUUUUUAUAUGAGCAGCCUAACAAGUGCUGGAUCACUGUUGCUACACACACUCCUAUCCUGCUUCCUUAAAUAAGGAGGACAGAGGUCACAGAUACCUGAUAUGUAAUCAAAACUUGGAAGGAGUAAAGGAAAAAAGUAUCUGCUGUGACCUUUUUCUGUACAUCUCAUUUAUGGCCACCUUAAACCCAACACUACGCUGAGGUUGAAAUGCCCCCACUGGCUCAAUAAAAUGGAUGCUCUUUUAUUA